AUUCUACUCUUACAAUUUAGAAACAACCCACGAAUACAAAUAUAAAAAAAAAUAAAACGCCCACACGUUGACCGUUGACUUGAUAAAAUAGAUUAAUUAAGCACGGAAAUAGGUAGCCCAUUUGACAUUUACGGAUUACGGAUCUGGAUAUCAUCGGGCCGAAUCGGUCGAGAGGGUAUAUAAGUAUAUUUGGGAUGAUUAGAGCGAGCGGAGUGGCAGCGGCGGAUUAGGGCGAGCGACGAGCGGCAGAUUAGGGCGAGCGACGGAGGCUCGGGCGAAGGAUUAGUGAGCACGUUCCUCUCGCCAUGGGAUCCAAUUCAACACCCGCAGCUGUAGAAGAAUUUCAGCUUACAGAUUUCAAUACAUAUCUGUCAGAGACUAUCACAAGUUUCACAAACUGGGACGAGAGAUUAAAACCUAAAAUCGAGCAAUAUGAAGAAGUAGAAAAACAACAUUUAUGCCGGAUUGAUAAACUGCGAAAAAGAUUGAGCAGACAUAAAGCAUUAAAGAUGGAUUAUGAUAGAAUACUGAAGGAACUCGAACAAGAAAAUGAAUUAUUACUGAGCAUCAUUACAGAUUUCAUUGAUACAUUUAGAGAGAAUGAACCUUUUUUACUGGGAAAUGAUAUUAGUGAUGAAUCAUUUGAUGAUUUAUCAAGUACAGCAAAUAUAGUUUCUGAUGCAGAAAAGGAAGUUGAAGUUGUUGCUCCUGAAGAAAUAAGGGCAGAAACAAGUUAUGGAAGAAAGAGGAAGAAGAGGAAGAGGAAGGAGUCGACUGAAUGACAAAGGAAAUGGAGCUGAGGUGAUAUUGCUGUUGAAUUUGUUUAAAGUGGAAUAUGACUUGCCACAUUGGGAUGUUGGUUUUUAAUGUUGGAUUUGUUAAGAAAAUUUUGUUGGCUAAUUCUCAGUUUUUUUUAUUUGUUUAGUAUACUAGAUGCUGGAAAUGUGUUGCUGUGUUUU